AUGGCGCCGCUCCCAUCAGCGCGCCCCGAGAAAGAGAAGCGUGUCCGGACCCAAGCCUUCGCUGCCGAUUUAGAAGCUCAGCUGCCUGCAGCCGCAUCCUCGAGAUCCCCAGGUCCCCUUCUUGACGAGAUUGAGAAGUGCAUAUCCACCUUCCCUGGAAAUUUGGGCACCGCUGCAGCAUCGAAGUGUCAGGAAAUCGAUAGCUCCGGCACGACAUUAUGGAAUAUCUGCACCCGUCUCAGGCGCAAUCACGACACCGAGAACACUGAGGCCGUUCCAAUUAUACUGGUCUUGACACGUGUGUUUGCAUUUCUUCUGUUGUGCUGUGCGCACGACCAUGGAAAGUCUACAACGGGUAAUAUUUUGAGGUUGGCCAAGAUUGGUAUCAAAGCUGCGAAGAAUUGCUUAGAGCGGAAAGAACUCGGGCUCGCCUUUAAGGUCCUCGAGAAGGUUGGGAAGUAUGAAGACUCGUUGAAGGGAUGCCAGUCGGAGCUCGGGCUAGAAGAUGGACAAGAGCCCGAGCGAGUAAGCGCAGAGUAUUUUGUUCUACGCACAGCUCUAGCAUGGUAUCAGAAGCAGUAUGAUAUUGUCGAGCACAUGUACAAGAAUUGCAUGGCUUCGAAGCGCAAUUUCGACUCGAAUACCGCAGAGAGCCUAGCAGAUGUUCUCUAUGAGAUGGGCAAGGAUCUUAUAACAUCUCAACAAUACCAGUUAUCCGUUAAAUGGCUUGAGCGAGCAUACGAGGUGUUAACCACCCAGGAGCUCGACAGACUUAGCAUGGAUGCUAGCGAGCUUCGAAUCUCCAUCAUACAAUCACUUGUUAAAGCUCUGCUUCAGCUCAAGGACGAUGGGGCACUAGAAAAAGCCCGUGGUUUUGUCGAGCUUCUCCAAAACGAGCUUGGAGACAAACUAAUCGUAUUGUUGCUCCGGUUAGAACUUGUUAAUGCCAACACGGCGGAUCCUUUCGAUAGUUUGUCCUAUAGCGAAGUCUUACACAGGAUGAUUCGGGUGGUGAUAUUGAGCGAUGGCAAUUUUAAGCUUUUGAUGUUCCAUAUUCGAAAGCUGAACAACAAAAGCCCAAGUUUGGCCUGUAAAGUACUAGACGACCUGCUAAGGUUGCGGGUAAUAAAAGAAGGGCGAGAGGAAUUGCUUGAGAGAGUAGUAGUUACACGUUUAUGGAUGACGACGAGUCAGAUGGAUGCUCCAGAUGCCCCGGGCUUGCUCGAGACGUUGCUCUCUACCGCGCUCGAUAAUUUCAACCAGCCUAUAGGUUCAUCAGCAACUUUGGCAGCACACAUGUUACUCUGGAAGCGUAUCGAGUCGAACUACGCUCAGGGACAGUACGAUAUUGCUGAGAAAUGGUGCCGUCUAGCUUUGCACCCAAUUUUCGAGAAAUCGGGAGACGUCAACAUGGCUCGGAUAUCGAGGAAGCUUUUGUUAUGCGCUCUAGCUAGACAAGAUACUGGUAGUGCUAGAGGUGCCUUUGGGUCAAUGUCGGAUACGGCUAAAAAUGAGCCCAUGACAAGGUUCCUGAUGUACAAAAUCGCCAUACGCUCGAAGGAAUUCGAACUGGCUGCUGAAUGCCUACAAAUUAUCAGUACCUCUUCCAACAGCGAUCCGACCCUUUUAUAUGCUUGCUGCCUGGACUCCCUACAGGUUAACAACAAAAGCCAAACAUUAACUGCAUUGCAGCUCGUGCUUGAGAAAUCCAAUUAUGCACCGCUCUCUCCUGUUCACUUGCCGUCGCUGCUUCGUGUCACCAUCGGUAUAACAUCUUCAUUGCUCGAAGAAUCACAAAAUGCAGGAGGCGAGGGGGACUAUGAAGUGCUCGUGGACAAGCUCUGUAAAAUGUUCGAAGGAGCUGUCUCGUCGAUGAAGAAGCCACCGAACUCUGUAAAAGGCACCGACGUUUUAUGGACUUCAUCUGAAGUUGAUUGGUUUUCGAAGAAUUCAUACAACACCGCCAUUAAACAUAUAUCUAUAUGGCCUCCACGUUAUGUAUUACGAAUGUUGGUCUGUUGCACCUCAUUCAUCUCCCAAUACCCCUCGGAUAUCAGUGAGCAGAUCUCCGACGAUCUAGAUCUCCGCAAGAUGUUUUGCGAGUUCUCCGCAGGAACUCUUCUUGUUGCACUAGCUCGUAGUGAAGAUAAUAUCGAACAGCGAUCCCAAGAUUACCUCCGCUUGCGCAAGCACGUCAGUAGUUUCGAUAAGUUACUAGUAGAAAGAUUGCCUAAAUUAGAAGAAGUUCAGAGUCAAGACCUGCUGCAGAAGCUAGCUGUCCUUCUAGCAUUCGACUUCGAAGCAGCUUGUCAGUUAAAGGCUUGGGAUGAUCUGGGAGAAAUUAUCCUCAAGAUCAAUAUCACCAAGAGUGUACGUGCCUUAGAACUAAUGGCGGACUGUAUCCUCUCUAUUCAACCUCCAACUCAAGUUCUCAUCGUCAACUUAAAAAGAAUCAUAAAUGAAGCCUGCAGUCUCGAUGCAAUGGACAAUUCCAAACUGGCGAAGUACAUGCGUUGUCUAUUCCAAAUCGCACUAUCAGAUAAUGCUGGAGUAGCAGAACAACUCCUCGACCAAAUCCGUGAUCUAGCUGAAGAAUCCCGAGAUAUUGAUCAGCCAUAUCCUACGGAGGAGCUUGAUUGGAUCGCUACCAAGUCUUUCAAUCAUGCUAUCGACCUUUAUUGUAAUGGCCAAGAUGAAGCUUGCAAGACCUGGGUGGGCAAGGCUCUUAACAUCACUCAUUUCUGCGAUGAUGGAGGAGCGUUGGAGAGGUUGUUGCAAAAUAAAUUGAUGGGAUUGAAGUUCGAUGUUUGA